AUUGUAAAGGGUGCCUCGGGACUGUCCAUCAUUUUAAAGGGUGCCUCGGGACUGUCCAUCAUUGUAAAGGGUGCCUCGGGACUGUCCAUCAUUUUAAAGGGUGCCUCGGGACUGUCCAUCAUUUUAAAGGGUGCCUCGGGACUGUCCAUCAUUUUAAAGGGUGCCUCGGGACUGUCCAUCAUUGUAAAGGGGGCCUCGGGACUGUCCAUCAUUGUAAAGGGGGCCUCGGGACUGUCCAUCAUUGUAAAGGGUGCCUCGGGACUGUCCAUCAUUUUAAAGGGUGCCUCGGGACUGUCCAUCAUUUUAAAGGGUGCCUCGGGACUGUCCAUCAUUUUAAAGGGGUGCCUCGGGACUGUCCAUCAUUGUAAAGGGUGCCUCGGGACUGUCCAUCAUUUUAAAGGGUGCCUCGGGACUGUCCAUCAUUGUAAAGGGUGCCUCGGGACUGUCCAUCAUUUUAAAGGGGGCCUCGGGACUGUCCAUCAUUGUAAAGGGUGCCUCGGGACUGUCCAUCAUUUUAAAGGGUGCCUCGGGACUGUCCAU